AUGUUGAGCAAGUUGUCGAAUGAGGUACAACUAAGAUGCGAAAGCUCCGAAAUUCCUCAAAUACCAGCGGGUCAGACAGCAUGCACAACCAUUGGACUGAAAUUGCCGGAGCUACGCACCCGACAGUGUGCUGCUGCUGCUUCUACCUCCACUGGAUCGGCCCUGUUGCGGUCUAACCGAUUUCAUACAUCCAAACCUUGUUCCGCGUCCACUUCCUUGAAGAAGGAAUUGAAUGCCACCAUCUCAUCACUCCAAUCUGAGGAGCACGUUGCGAACACACCUAGCUCUCCUUUACCAUGCGACUUAACUGUGACACUUCCUAUCGUUGAUACAACUGUCCAUUAUGCACCACGAACGUCUUCACCCACCCCCUCCAUGUGGACAGUCGCUCCUCGCGAUCGAUCUAUCAACCUAACGACGCUAUUGCCACCGGAUCAAGAAGGCCCUUGUGGGAGACGAUGUAUGAGGAAUUGUUCCCUAUGUUCGUGUACCAUUUCUCAUUUGAACGGUGCGUCGCCUGAUGCCUGUUCUUGCCUCUCUGACACGUACGCAGUUUGCUGGGCUAGUCAAUCUCUUUCCUCGCACUAUCCUGAUACGUUGGCAUCACAUGAUGAUCGAAAUUCGGAUCAUUCAGCGUCUCGAUGUGAUAGCUCGCCUCUGCCUAACACAUCUCCAACUUCACACUCCCACUCCUCCUUACGUGUGUUUCUCUUCAACCCCAUCAUGCUGUCCACUUCACUCUCGGAGAUGGCCUCUCCAUAUGCGGCCGACCACUUUCAUACGAAAACCGCGUACACCGAUGAAUCCCGUCACGAGAACUUUGUAGAUUUGGCCCACUCUCCACGCACCUAUCAUUUACUGCACAACUUGCAUUUUGUCGGUGUGCAUCCUCGCUUCCUCAGUGUCCUCAAUUACUCACCUGCGGAUGUGGUUGGUCGCAAUCUUUUGGAUUUAAUACACCCAGACGACUUGGUGUCCGUGGCGGAGGCACUGGAAUCAGUCACAGAAGCAAAACCAAUGAUUACGACUCUCCAUCGUCUCCGGUGUAACUCGGGUGGCUACCGUUGGUCCCGUCUUUUGGCCUAUGUUACCACAAAAACCGAGGAUUUUCGUCGUCCUAGCGCUUUUACUGUUGAUGCCGAGUUCCCAUAUAAUCACGAGAAGACACAGGUCCUUGUGUCCAAAACAUCUCGACCCAAUUCCCGUUCGCGACCGGUCAUAUCCAAACCGGUAUCACAGAUUACUUCAUACUUGGAUUCUAGGCCACCUUCUCCGACUUAUGUGCCCGGUUGUGCCGCACUUGACCACUUACCUCCCAAGAGUUCUGCUACCUGUUGCAAAAACAGCGUAGAUGCAAGUCCCAACACGUGGAUACUCGUCUGCUGCCAUCAGUUUGUUCAUAUUUCCACCGACACUUCUCCACUCAAUGCGACUUUCGCUAUUACCGACGCCCCCACACAUGAGUACCAUCAAGUCGACGCGUCUCACGUCGAAUCACACCGGCCUCUCAAACGCCGUGCGUCUCUUCCUACGCCUCCUGCUUGGUAUGAUUAUGCACAGAUCCUUGAUUCCCGUGAUGUGCAUGAUUCCACUGCUGCUUAUGUCCCUCCGUUGCCCCACAAGUCGGAUCAGCUGGAUGGCUCAGGACCUAACGAAUACACUGACUUCUAUCGUUCACAUACUUCCGGUCAAGUGACCGACCCUUUGUGCACCUUGGAUAACUUGGAUGAUGAGUUGAAUGGCCUCACAGACGUUGGUGCGCGCACAUGGGACAGAACCGAAGCACAUAGAAUGGAAACCAACAUAGCCUGGCCGGUCGAGUCAUCUUUCGAACUUGCGAACGCCUCUAUGACCAAAUCAGAUCAUCCGGAAGCGAGUCACAUGAAUAAGAAAGACUGGGUGAAACAGGCACCAUCUGUCGUUCCAACUCUGGGGGAUUGGAAUGAAAUUAACGCUCCUUCUGGCUUUCGUGGUCCUAAUUCGUGUGCCAUGAUUGGAGCUUCUCCGGCCAAUCCGAACAAAACUACAUUUGCUUCCAACUCCGAAUGGUCUCUUUCACGAUCUAUCUCUUCCUUAUCGAUUCAGCUUUCCACUCACAAUCACCACUCCAACAGACCUCCCAUCUGUUGCCUCAAGCCGAAAUUCUUCCGGUGCCCGAUGAGUUUGCCUUGGAUCCGGUUGGCUUUGUACUCACCCCCAGAGGUUGGGUUCCCAGAUUCAUUCACAGAGAGUAAAGGAUGGAGGAUGGAUGCCAUUCGAGUUACCUUGAAUGCCUUUCGCUCCCCCAUCAAAAACUGGCUCCUUCCCCUUUUCACUGCUGCAUCCAUCCACGUACCCGCCGAUCUUGCUUGUUUGUGCCUGCGAAUCCCAUCGGCACGCUUGCCUCAUUAUCCACCUGAACCCAUGGGAUUGCACGAAAUUCGGGACGUCUUCCGAGUUAACCAUCACUUUUUUCUGUUUCAGUGGUCUGAUAUGUUGCCCACGUUCCCGUUUCAUCAUCUUCAGUCUAGUCCAUUUGCCAUCUCUCCACCCUAUCCACAUCGGUGUCGACUACGUCGCCGUGCCGAAAACUCCUCUCAGACUUCUUGGGCAUUAGCGUAUGGAUUCAACACACUUUUUCACAUCAAGAUACGGCCGAAUUUCCUACACACUGCGCCCCCUCUUUCAGCACUAGGUUUUUGUACCAUGUUGUGCAUCUAUGUAGGCUCUUCUUUUGAUUUUGUUUUCACCGGCUUCCUUUUUCGUCAUUGCUCUCAUCCUUCAUCUCCGUUUAGUCCACGUCACUCGGACACAUCAUCGCUUUUGCAUACCCCGGUUUGUCUGAAUGCAUAUGUUUUACAAGCUUUUGUUUCAUCUUACCUUCUCUGA